CUUUGAAUUAAUAUCAUCAACAUCAUCUUUAAUUUCUAGUUUUCACGACCAUCAAUGGCUGGUGUCAACUCUACACUAGUAUUGUUUCUUAUAGCCUUGUUGAUAUCGACGUCUUUUAUGGUGUCGGAAAGUCGAGUGGCUCGAAAGGACUUGGGUUUGGACCUGGGAGGUUUAGGGGUGGGCCUUGGUAUUGGUACAGGCAUUGGAGUUGGUGGGAGUGGCUCUGGCUCUGGGGCUGGAGCUGGAUCUGGUUCUGGUUCUAGCUCUAGUUCAUCAUCUAGCUCAUCCUCUUCAUCAUCAAGUUCGGGCUCGGGCGAAGGCGAAGGCGGCUCAGAGGCAGGAUCAAGUGCUGGGUCAUUUGCAGGAUCCAGAGCCGGGUCAGGAUCGGGACACCAUUGAAAAGGAAAAUAGGCGGCCAGGAAAACUUAUACCCUUCUCAUUUUACCCAUGUGUAGAAUAAAUGGUGAAUCUUCACCUUGUCUUGUAUGUGUGUUUUGAUCUUUGUACUUGUUUGAUUGUGUUUUCUAUAGGAUUAACAUCUAUAAAGUAAUAUAUAUAGACUAUAGUUACUUGUCAAAA